AUGAACGCAGAUGUCAUGACACCCGAGCUGGAAAAUAGCAUUUCCAAAAAUCUUAGUCGCAUCUUGCGAUAUGAGGCCUACAAGUACGAUAUAUCGCAAGACCGUAAUGGAUUCAUUAUGCUGGAGGAGUUCAUUGAGAAGUCCAAUCUCGGAUACACGCAAGAGCAAGUUCUGUACGUUGCAGAGCGCAGUGCAGGUGGGCGUGGCAAGCGUUUUCAGGUUGACUACGCGGCCAAAGGCAUUGUUCGACUGAAGGCGUAUUACAGAAAUGCUCCUAAAGACGAAGGAAAGUCGAAGCCAAGCGGCAAAGCAAAUGGUCGGAGCGGAAAGAAUGGAACCAGCGAGAACGGCUACAGCAGAAGCGAUGGGUUCAGGGACAACCAUGCUUCAGCAGGCUCGUCAUCCUUUGAGACGGGCCGUGAGAAGUCAUACGGCACACAGCAGCCGAAGGCCCAGGAAGAGACCGCGGCGGGCAAAGGCAAGCAAUCCUACUAUGCCAACCCGUCGCGAGAACCCUGGGAGACAACAGGAUCUGGAGCAACAGAGCCAAAGAUGUUUGCCUGGGACCACGGCCGCAAACAAUGUUGGAAUGGCUCGUCGGAGGCUCGGUCGUCUGCCGCGGCACCGGCACCAGCUUGGCCUACGGACAGUGCGAGUUCCCAACCGAAAGCCACUGAGGAUGCCGGAGAGGCUCAAGAGGGCGUCGCCGAGAGGGAAGAGUGGCACAAACUCCUUGAUGACGACAACAGGCCGUACUACUACCACCUUCCGACGCAAGAGUAUUUUUACAAAGAAGAGGCGAGCAAGUUCGGCUGGACGCAGUACGACCACGACGGCUGCCACUGGUGGUGCCACGAAAGCGGCCGGUUCUUCUUCGAGCCCAAUGGAAAUUGA